AGACAACCUGCAAUGUAAAUCUCUGCUCCGACCGGUUCUCAAGACUGUUAGUGACGAGGGAAGCUCUGGGUGUAUCGGGGAUUCCGUGGGGCGUGUCGCUGACAAAGUUUACAGUGGAGUCAAAACAGCUGGAAGCGGGUUUCCCUCCUGCGCUGAGUCGCUACCCCAGUGAAAUAUCCUCCUAAAAUUAGCUUCACGACUGCUCAGGUGUUUUCUCGUGCUUUGCAGUUUCCAAACAUACAUUUCAACACGGCGAACAGUCCCUGUGCUAAAAAUAAAAGUUAAUUUGCCUCACAUUUGUAAGACAUAUUAUCUUAUCAAGGUUAAAACAUACAGUGUUACGUUUAAUGCAAACUUUGCGCCGCUUUAAAUUUAAUUCUGAAAAAUAAAAUUGCAAUAAAAUUAAUUGAAACUGUUAGAAAUGGUGAAUUCCUUUCAGUAGUGUGUUGAUUUUAUAAUAUCCAGUUUUAAUCUUUCAUUUUUUACUGAUUAAUAUCAAUAUUACAUUGCGUAAACUAUCUACAGUUUGUAACAAUUCAGGUUAGAAAAUAGUUUAUUUAAACAUGCCAGUGGUAAAAAUGACAUUAAAAGCGUCAGUUAAACCUAACGCAUUCUGACGCAGCAUUCAUGCAAAAAUAUUUGCAAACCGCGUCGUUUCUAAAUAUUGUCUGUGAAAAGCAUGUAACUAUUAAAAAUAUCUUGUGGAAGUAAUAGUAAACGUACCUAUUCUUGACCGCGAGAGAGCUGUCUCUUUCUGUGGGUGAGGGAAUCCCUUACACGUCAUAUUGCUUAGAUACCAAAAACAAAAACAGUGGUUUUGGACCAUAUAUGGGCACCUACGUCAGCGGAACACCAGAAAAGGCGGAGCCAGGACUCCCUACUUUACAAUGCGUUCCCAGGCUUCAUUCACAAGAGGAAGCGCUGCCGCCGAAACACCGCACACCUUCUACUCCCGUUUGCAACAAACACACUGCGGAUUAUUUUAUGGAUUUAUAAAAGCACAUUUCAUGCAUUUCACGGAUUGUACCACGACCCGGGAAGUGUUACACAAGGACGGAUUGGAAUUUAGAAGUUUCCUCGAGCAGGGAACUGGAUUGAUGUCUUAAUGCAACUGUUUUGGAAAGAGACUAAAGGCAUCUUGACGAAGACUCCAAGUAAAACUUGUUACGGUGAUAUCCCGUUCUCGCCGGGCACAGUAGGUGUUUCGGCUUCUCUCGGCUCCAUCGGGGACAUGUUUCAGGGGUUCCCCGGAGACCCCGACACCGGCUCCCGUGGAAGCUCUUCUCCUUCUCUUGAAUCUCAGUACCUGUCGUCCGUGGAAUCCUUCGGGAGUCCGCCCACCACCAGCGCACCGCAAGAGUGUGUAACAGCCACUGGCGGGGUAGGGGUGGGUGGAGGGUCAACCGGGGCAGGGGUGGACAUGCCCAGCUCAUUUGUGCCAACAGUGACGGCCAUCACCACAAGCCAGGAUCUGCAGUGGAUGGUGCAGCCCACUCUAAUAUCCUCUGUGGCACCAGGUCAAAGUGGCACGGGCUCCAGCACCAUGACGCAGCCUGUUGCAUUGGAUCCUUACGACUUGCCGGGCCCAAGCUUUUCGUCCGGUGGUUUCACCCCACCGAGCUCUGAUACUCCUGGCCCAGUGCGUCAGUCUCGAAGCCGCCGCCGUGCACGAGAUGAAACGCUGACCCCCGAGGAAGAGGAGAAAAGACGUGUUAGAAGAGAGAGAAAUAAACUGGCUGCCGCUAAGUGUAGGAACCGACGGCGUGAGCUCACAGACAGGUUACAGUCGGAGACAGACAUUUUGGAGGAGGAGAAGGCCGAGCUAGAGGCUGAAAUAUCCGAGCUGCAGAAGGAGAAAGAGCGCCUGGAGUUUGUCCUGGUCGCCCACCAACCUGGUUGCAAACUUCCCUACCAGGACCAGCCCCCUGCUCCGCUGCCGCAGACGUCCCCACAGGCGCCUUCUGUCUCCGUGGUGGGUUUAACUGUGAAGGAGGACUCUUUCUACCUGCCGCCGGCCUACUCAUCCCACCACCACCACCACGUCCCGGUUUCACAGCCCACGCAGACACAGCCGGCACCAGCGCAACAGCAGCAAGGGAUGAUGCAGGAGGUAGCCUUUUCUAGUUCUUUCUAUGGGCCGGGCCAGCCGGCGCCGGACGGCCCGUGCCUUGUUGCCGACGGUGGCGGUAACCCUGACGCCGGCAGCUACAUCCCCUCAUACACAUCUUCAUUUGUGUUCACCUACCCAGAGGGAGCCUGCGGGGCCAGCGCUAACCAGCGAACCAGCAGCAGCGAUCAGUCCUCUGAUUCCCUGAACUCACCCUCGCUUCUUGCACUUUGAGAGCUCUGCUGAUCUCUCGGCCUUUUGCUUGCCUAUCGAAAACAGCACAUGCGUACAUGCCAAUCCAAACAUUAAAUCUAUGGAUGUACAUUGUAUUGAUCUUUUACAGUUAAGGCCUUGGUUUUGAAACCGAGGCCCAGAUGCGUUAGCGUCUGUGCGACUUCAUCAGAUGAUGUAAGUGUAUAUUAAUUCACAAUGAAUUCAGGCUUAAUAUCGAAAUGAGUCAGUAGCCCUUACACACACACACACACGCACUCAUACUCACUUAAAUGUUUAAAGGAGCACUUCACUUUCUUUGGAAAUAGGCUCAUUUUAUGAGUCACCUAGAGUUAGACAUUUAAGUUUUAACAUUUUUGAAUCCAUUCACCCAAUCUCUGGGUCUGCAGGAGCACGUUUGGCUUAGCUUAGCUUAGCAUAAAUCAUUGAAUUGGAUUAGACCUUUAGCUUAUUGAAAAAUAAAAAAAUAUAUUUCAUAAAUUUUCCUAUUUAAAGCUAGACUCUUCUAUAGUUUCAUCUUGUACUAAGAUCAACUGAAAAGCAAAAGCUAUUGCUAUUUCUUGCUAUUUUCUAGACUGAUAUGGCAAGGAACUAUACUCUCAUUCUGAUAUAGUAAGCAAAGGAUUUUGUUGCCCUACCAUGGCUGCAGCAGGUGCAAUACUAUGCAGUGCCUAAAAAUAGGCCCCAGCUACACAACUACACUCUCAGAAAUUAAUGUACAAGAGCUGUCACUGUGGUGGUACCUUUCAAAAGGUACAUAUUUCUACUUAAAGGGGGCUUAUUAAUACCUCAAGGGUACAUAUCAGUAUCUAAAAAGUUCAAUAGUGUACUUCUUGAAAUUUUUAGGUGCUAAUAUAUAGCUUUGAGGUACAAUAUAUACCUUUUAAGUACAAAAUAUGUACCUUUUGAAAAGGUACCACCACAGCGACAGCUCUUGUACUUUUAUUUCUGUGAGUGUAGGUAACAGUGCAGGUAAUAUCGACUUUAAUUUUAUUUCGCUCUACAGAACUACAGAAGAGUCAAGCUUUAAAUGGGAAUAUUAUUGAAACUUUUUUGGAGUGAGAUGCUAAUGGUGUAAUCCGAUUUAAUGAUUUAUGCUAAGUUAAGCUAAAAGUGCUCCACCAGACUCAGAGAUCAGCAGGAUGGAUUGAAAAAUGUUAAAACUCCACUAUUUUUACUCUACACCAGGGGUGUCCAACUCAGUCCUGGAGGGCCGGUGUCCUGCUGAGUUUAGAUCCAACUUGCUUCAAAACACCUGCCAGGAAAUGUAUAGUAUAUCUAGUAAGAGCUUGAUUAGGUGGUUCAGUUGUGUUUGAUUUGGAGCUAAACUUUCCAGAACACCGGCCCUCCAUGACCAAGUUCGAACACCCCUGCUCUAGACGAUUUGUAAAAUAAGCCCAUUUCCAAAGAAAGUUGAGUGUUCCUUCAAUUGGUUUAACGUAACAAUAAAAGCACAUCAGCACCCUUUUGCUUUCAUCUGUUCUCGCUCUGGCUUACAUUGGUGUACCAUCUCCCUCCUUCUCUAUCUAUCCACGCCAGGUGCUUGCUGUGUAUUUGUCUACGCAAAUGUGGGUUCGCAGAACUGCAUUAUGGGUUUUGGUUUGUUUUUUUUCUUGUUCCUGUAAGUCUACCUUGCUACCCUUUCUCUCAUCCAGCUCAUCCACACCUCUUCUGCCUAAAGGACAUGACCACACACUCUGUAGCUAUCUCUCUCUUUUUGUUUCUCCCUCCGUUGUCCAUCUCCACAUCUGUUUCUCCUCUCUCCUGUCUCUAUGUGCCUCUCUCUGAAGUCUUCGGCCCCUGAGAGCCCGUUGGACCCUGAAAGCCCAUGGAACCUUGAGUGAGUGCCAACCCACACCCCAACACCACAAAUCUCCCCUUGCACGGACCAGCCCACAGUGGAUCUCAAAACAACUAAACCGACCAGCCAGAUCAAAUGCCGUCCUAGAAAGCCAGGACUCUAUUGCUCCUCAGCAUUGAGGAUUUGAUUUUGGAUGAGUGAAGAUGCGCUGGCUAGACUUUGCCAAGGUCUGGAAUCCAUAGGAAUGAGAUGGUGAGAGCGUUCACAUCUCCUGCUGAUCCUACAAGAGCUUUCAAAGCUGUAUUACACCCUUUCCACCCUUCUUGAGCAAAUUAGAGGGGUUCGUUUGUUUGUUUCAUUCUGUGUUUCAACGAUAGUAUUAACUCUGAUUUCAAAAGUGGCUUAUCUGAUGAUUGCAUACGAGAGUGGCUUUACACUCUAGGUUUGAGAAGCAUUAUAUUGAGCGACCAAAAAAAAAACAAAAAACACAACCUCUUGGUUUUGGAUGAGUGGCCUCUGUGCUUCUGAAAGUCCUUGACAUAGUCCUUGAGUUGUGGAUGUGGUUCAGCACAGCUCUGGGCUUUGAUUGUGAAUGGAAGCCACAGAAGACUACGACUCCAGUUGAUUUCUUUCUUUAAAGGGGGUUGUUGUUAAUGUUAAGAUGGAAAAAAAGCACAAACGCCGGCUUCAGAUGGAAGGAGCGAGUAACGAUGGGCAACCUAAAGGACCGGAUGUGCUUUCGAAUAUGAACCGUUUACUUUCCUGUGAAUGUUUUUGAUGUUUUGAGUUACUGAUUUUUUUAUGAUGCUUUUUUUCCUCUUUUGCUCUUGAUUGUGCCGUUGCUGCCAAAUGGAAGAAUUUUGUGGGGCUUUUAGCUCUAUCUGUUACUGUUGUCUUAUACCGCAGUUAUUAAGAAUAUUGUUAUUAUGGUUAUUAAUAAUUAUUAUUUCAUAGUUAUAUCAUCUUGGCAACUAAAAAGGCAUGUUGUGCACUAUGAAACUUUUUUAUGUCUAAAACUAUAUAUAUGAAAUAUAUAAAAAAUAUAUUAUGUAUGCAUAUAUAUAUAUAUACAUAUUCAGUGUAUAUAUAUAUACACAAUGAUUGUAAUGUAAUGUAUGAAUGUUCAGAAAAUAUUAUUUUUGUCAAUGAAGACAGAAGGGAGAGCUUGAUGCACUUGGCUUUGGUUUAAACAUAGAUAUUUUUCUAAAAGAACAAAAAAAAUAUAUAUUAUAAUAAACAAUAACAGCCCGCCUUUCCCUUAAUAUGAAAAGCAUUGUCACUGCCUUUCAUUUGAAAUGUGUAACCUUGUAUGAUGACUGUAUUAAAACUGGUGCAUAUUUAUAUAUGUAUCGCAGGUUUGUGCUGUGCUUGAUUUGUCGAUGAGGUUGAUCUCACAGCCCUUGUUCAUCAACCCCUGUGGACAAAACACACUGGACGCGCAAAAUAUCUAAAAAUGCAUUUGAAAAUAAAUAUAUUAAAGAAAAAAGAAGACAUGAAUUGAGUGUCUCUAUGUAUUCUUGAUUCAGACGUGUUUCUGAAUCAUUUGUGUUGCAUUGAUUUAUUUUGUCCAGUGUGUGCUGUCUGCCAUUUGGCUUUAUUGUGUGUGUGCGUGUGAGAGAGAAGUUCAGGGCUUGAACUUUUUCAACCAGCCCUAAUUAAUUCACGUUACAGGCACAAUCAGAAAUGUAUAAGUGCCGGCGUCAUACAUAGAUAGGAAGUGUUUUUACAAACAAACGAGGUCCAUUGUUUUAAUCUUUGGCUUCUUUAUGUGGAGUAUUUGAUGAGGUGGAAAUGAUAAUAUUUGUACAGAUGUUUCAAUCAAAAUGUCUUUUCAUGCUACAUUUAUAUCCACGAGCGCACCCGGAGGUUCAAUUCAAGCAGAGAUGGACACAACCAUGUUGGCUCUUUCCAACAGAGCCGUUUGAUAAAAUUAAGCUCUCAUUUAGCAGUGAAAACUGAAUUACGGCAUCUCAAACAGUGACGCGAUGAAGCCAGAGCUGCGAUUUCACAGAGUGGGACAUUAUGUGAUAUCAGCGGUGUGAUUUUGUUUUAUGUUGGUUUGAUUUCUCAACUGUUGGUGCUUUUGUGACUCCUACGCCAAAUCCUAUCGUUACUGUAUCUUUACAAAUAGGAUCCGACUCUGAUAUAAUAGCAUAAGGGGAUGUUGGUUCAGUACCAGUGACUCUGUGGUCUUCCACUUUGCAAAAACUCCUCAGAUUCAUCUGCAAACUCAUCCUAGGUAUUUUCGAAUUCACAGUGCACAAAUUGACACGGUGGAAUGCAAUAUUUCAGAUACUCUAGGAGAACCAUGUAGCAAAUCAACUGAAUUGUAUGGUAAAAGCCGGUCCGGAUGCUAGUGUCACAGUGAAGAUUGGAGACUGUCUGUCCUGUUUACCUUCUAUAAUUUACUCAACUGAGACCUCAAUGAUGGGAUGCUUUUGCAUUUUGAGGAUGUCAAAUUUCAGUGCCUCUCUGGCUUAGUGGGUGUUAUUUGAUAAUGAACCGUUUGACUUUUUUAAUAUAGACCUAUAUUAAGGAGCCUAUUACAACCACUUGUUCAGACAAUUUCAAGAAGAGGGAUGACCUAUUUCUUGUUGUUUUAUUUUUUAUUUUUGAAGGGAAAUGAAAGCUAGGUUUAAAACGAUUCACAGUGAAACAUUUCAAAUUCAAAAUGAUAUGGUGCUUUUUUCAAUACCGUUUGUCUUUGUAUAUUCUUGAUUAAGAAUGCCGAUGACAGAAGUGACGUUGUGGAUUUGAGGAUGCUCAUCAUUUGAGAGUGCCUGCCACGACUGCUCCCAAGUUCUCAUAUUAAACAGCAUAUUUAAUGCAUACUGAACUACCUUUAGUAAAAUAUAUAAUCCGCCGUUCUACAGUCUUUCUCUUUUCAUCCUUUCUCCACUUCAUUUCAAUUUAUGCUAUAUUUCUUGCCCUUUAAUGAAUGGAGAAGGACAUUUCAUAUUGUUACAUAGACUGUGAAAUCUUGGUGUGCUGUCCUAUCUUAAUAUCUUUGUAUGACGUCCAAUUUUUCUUGUAAAGGAAAUGUCUACAAAAUAAACAUAUCCACAAUGA